AUGGAGGGAAGCAAGGCGAUCCUGUUCUUAAUGCUGAUCCUAGGAUGUUUCAUGAUUCCUACACACUCUCGGAAUGUUGUUGAUUUGUGCCCAUGCCAGAAACAGACCUGCAAAACGGGAGCAAUAUCUGAAGCUGUUUGCUACUGCUGUUCACAAGACAAAAUUUAUGCGACGAGCGAGGAUUGCGAGAGAGCUUGGCCAACUUGCCGCAAAACUUUGCAUGCGCCCUAA